AUGAAGAUCAUCUCUGCACCCUCUCCAUUGGGUCUCUGGGCGAACGUACGUUCGGUUGGCGCAUUCAAUGUCGCUUAUUCAUUUGUUGCAUUAUGGGCUUUCGUCAAAGUCCUGAGGGCGCUUCGCUGGCGAUUGAAGACGACUCAACUGCGGGGUCCGCCUCGUACCAGCAUCAUAUAUGGCGUUUCGUACGACCUCGCCUUAUCUCAAGAUAGAGGUCGAAUGUAUGAACGUUGGGCGACAGAAUAUGGAGUAGCGUAUAUGAUUCCAAGCGUCCUCGGACAGACUAGAAUCGUGCUGUGUGACCCAAGAGCUAUAGCACAUUUCUACGCUCGAGAGACAUGGACAUAUGUGCAGACGCCCCUUUCGUUGGCGCUCCUGGAGACAUCAAUGGGCCGAGGGUUAUUAUGGUCUCAGGGUGAAGACCACAGGAGGCAGCGGAAGGCUCUCACCCCAGCUUUCAGUAAUGCAGCGAUUCGGAAACUCACAUCAGUCUUUUAUGACUCAGCUUACAAGGUCAAAGGUGCAUGGGAUACUGCUAUAGAAUCGAGCAAAGAUGGCGACGCUGUCAUUGAGGUGCAGAACUGGAUGAAUCAUGUAUCUCUGGAUACGGUUGGCAUUGCUGGUUUCUCCCAUGAUUUUGGCUCGCUCGAUGGAAAGCGCACCAGCGUGACUGAAAUGUUUGAUAGUACUUUUAGAGCCAACCAACAAUCUUCAGCAGUGAACAGAGUUUUUAUUCUGUUUGCGUCAGCGUUUCCUAUCAUUACCAAAAUCCCCACCAAGCGGAUGAAUAUGUUCAAGAAUUUUGGCGUCAUCAUGGGAGAAAUAUCCAACGACUUAUUGACUCGCAGCCGCCGGGAGAAGGAUAUGAAUAUGAGCGGGGGAGACGAGGAGAAGUCCAUCAUUGGAUUGUUGGUUAAAUCCGAAGGCCAGGAUGCCGAGCUUCAUAUGUCGAAGGAGGAAGUGGUAGCUCAGAUCCCUGACAUUCUGCAGAUGAAGGUCUUGCUUCUUGCUGGUUAUGAGACGACCUCUAUCAGUCUUACGUGGGCGCUGAUCGAGCUAUCGCGACAUCCCGAUGUCCAAACCAGCCUCAGAGAGGAACUGCUUGCGUUUGGCGCUGAUCCGACAUAUGACCAAUUAAAGGCUAAUCUCCUAUACUUGGAUGCGGUUGUCCAUGAAGUUUUACGACUUCAUCCUCCGGUGAACGAGUUCAAUCGUCUUGCGGCAGCAGAUGAUGUUAUUCCCUUGAGCGAACCUGUGCGCACGAAGUCUGGGGAAAUGACGGACAGUAUAUCUAUAGCGAAAGGGACAUCGAUCACAGUAUCAAGCGCGGCGAUCAAUCGCUCUUCAGCCAUCUGGGGACCUGAUGCAAAGGAAUUCAAACCUGAUCGUUGGCUGACUGAAGACGGCAUCAGUGAGAAGGCCAAGGAAGUCCAAGGUCAUAGGCAUCUGCUGACAUUCGUCGACGGCCCAAGGACGUGUCUUGGCAAAGAUUUUGCGCUCACGGAAUUCAAGACGGUUUUAUCGGUUCUGGUGAAGAACUUCGUGUUUGAGAUGCGGGAUGGACCUGAUACUCCAGUCGAAAUUGUGAGGGGGAUUUUACCACGUCCGCGGGUUGUUGGAGAGGAUGGUAUUGGGGUGCCUUUGAGAAUUCGUCGGUAUGAAUGA